AAAAAUUGAAAAUAUUUUACUAUACUGUGUAUAUCAUAUAUGUACUAUCUCCAAAAAAGAAAAAAAAAAUGAAGGUACUUGAGUUGGACCUUAGGCUUAAAAAGUUGUACCAUAAGAUCACUAAUACAAAUAGCACAACUCCUCAGAUGUAGUUGGCCAAGUGUAUCAGCCAGCAUGCAAAGGUGUUAGCAAACCAACCAUCCAUUUCACCACGUAUAUAUAUUCAGCCAUGCAUCCCCUUUUGUUUUUUCCUACACACCAAACUCAUUGCUAGGUGUCUCUUCACUACUAACAAUCCCCAUGCAGAAUACAUACACUCUUACUCCUAUAUAAUGCACCCUCCUCUAACUCAUUUUUCCUCACUUCUUCUCCACAGUGUGUUUCAAACAUAUAACAAUGGCCGCCUCUUAUAAGUUUCUUCUAGCACUCUCUCUCUCCCUCCUAGUCUCGUCCGCUUUCGCCGUAAGGCAGCAAUCCCUCCGCCUCAGCGACCAGCAGCAGUGCCGCUUCCAACGCCUCACCGCCGCCCAGCCCACUCAGAGGAUCGAAUCCGAAGGCGGCACCACCGAGCUCUGGGACGAAAACCACCACCAGUUCCAAUGCGCCGGCGUUGUUGCCAUGAGAAACGUCCUCAAGGCUAACGCCCUCUCCUUGCCCAAUUACCACCCUGCCCCUCGCCUUGUUUUCAUCGAAAAUGGUCAGGGUUUCAUAGGGAUCAGCUUCCCAGGGUGUGCAGAAACAUACCAUGCAUACAAGAGCCAAUACACACGUGAGAGCACAGAAGCUUGGGAGCAGAAACAAAAGGGAAGCGUGAGGGAUUUGCACCAGAAAGUCCACCGCGUUCGUAGAGGCGACAUCAUCGCUAUUCCGGCUGGUGCCGCCCACUGGUUCUACAACGAUGGAAGCGAAGAAGUAGUUGCCAUCUCCAUCAACGACCUCAACCACCAAUCCAACCAGCUCGACCAAAAAUUCAGAGCAUUUUACCUGGCGGGUGGAGUACCCAAAAGCGGGCAGCACGAGCAGUCGAGGGAGACAUUCCAGAACAUUUUCCAGGCUUUCGACUCGAACUUGAUGGCUGAGGCGUUCAAUGUGCCGGAGGAGAUUGUGAGGAAGAUGCAAACAGAGCAACAGGAGAGAGGGCUCAGCGUUAUCGUUCGAGAACGAAUGAGCUUCAUUAGGCCAGAAGAAGAACAAGAACAAGAACGAGAACGAGAAGGAAGACGAUCGGAGGAUGACAAUGGCUUGGAAGAAAGCUUCUGCGCCAUGAAAAUCAGCACCAACACUGAAAACAGGAGAGAAGCUGAUAUCUACUCCAGAGAAGCCGGAAAAGUACACCUCAUCGACAGCCACAAGCUCCCCAUUUUGAAGUACAUGGAUAUGAGCGCAGAAAGAGGAAACCUUUACCCGAAUGCUUUGUUGAGCCCGGACUGGGCGAUGCUGGGCCACACGAUCGUGUACGUGACGAAAGGCGAUGCCCAGGUCCAAGUGGUGGACCACAGCGGUCAAUCCCUGAUGAACGAUAGGGUGAACAAAGGUGACAUGUUUGUGGUGCCGCAGUACUACACCUCCACCGCACGCGCCGGAGAGAACGGGUUCGAGUGGGUGGCGUUCAAGACCACCGGGUGGCCGAUGCGAAACCCGCUGGCCGGAUACACGUCGGUGCUGAGAGCGAUGCCGAUUCAGGUUCUGACGAAUGCUUACCAGAUAUCGCCGAACCAGGCCCAGAGCUUGAAGAUGAACAGGGGUAGCCAGAGUUUCUUGCUGUCCCCCGGCGGGAAACAGUUUUAGAUGUGUUUGUUUGCAACUACGUUAUGUAAAAUUUUGGGUAAGAAAAACCUUUGUUUUUCAUGGUUGAUGUCGAGCAAACCUGCAGAUAUGUGUCUGUCUGUACUCAUUUCAAUAAUAUUCUAAUAAGAGUAAUAAGAGCCGGCCGGCGUCGACGCUUUUUUUGUUCCUUUCUUUAAUUC